UGAGAAGCUGCAGCCGCCGGCAGAGGAGACCUCAGCAUCAUCCGGAGCCCAGCGCCGGCCCUGCCUCCGCCCGCCCCGCAGCCGCCGCCGCCGGUUCGGUUCCUGCUACUGUCUCACCUAAACAACUCCCGUUACACGGACAAGUGAACCUCUGUGGCCGCCUUCCCCUCCUCUUCUUUCUCCUUCUCUUCCAGCUGCCUCUCCUCCCACUUCCCAGCGGCAGCAGAAAGCCCCUAACCCAACUGACACUGGCACAACUGCAAACGGUGUCAUCUGCACAACUUUAUCUCGCUCCUUGGCCUCCCCUAAGUCCCUGGACCCACCGCCUCGUCUUUUAUUUUUUGCAAAGUUGCAUCGCUGUAUAUAUUUUCGUCCCCCGCCACCUCGCUCUGCCUCUCGAGUGUCCUGCCGCCCCGCAGCUUCUUCCUGGAGCUGCGCCCUAGUGCCCCUGCUGGGCGGCGGUGUUCCCCCCCAUCCUCCCGCGCGGAGCCCCUGGCGCUCCGGGCAGACGAUGCUGAAGAUGCUCUCCUUUAAGCUGCUGCUGCUGGCCGUGGCUCUGGGCUUCUUUGAAGGAGAUGCUAAGUUUGGGGAAAGGAGCGAAGGGAGCGGAGCGAGGAGGAGAAGGUGCCUGAAUGGGAACCCCCCGAAGCGCCUGAAAAGGAGAGAUAGGCGCGUGAUGUCCCAGCUGGAGCUGCUGAGUGGGGGAGAGAUGUUGUGCGCUGGCUUCUACCCUCGGCUGUCCUGCUGCCUGCGGAGUGACAGCCCGGGACUGGGGCGCCUGGAUAACAAGAUAUAUUUGGUUACCAACAACACAGAAUGUGGGAAGUUACUGGAGGAAAUCAAAUGUGCACUUUGCUCUCCACAUUCUCAGAGCCUGUUCCACUCACCUGAGAGAGAAGCCUUGGAAAGAGACCUAGUAUUUCCUCUGCUCUGCAAGGACUAUUGCAAAGAAUUCUUUUAUACUUGCCGAGGCCAUAUUCCAGGUUUCCUUCAAACUACUGCUGAUGAGUUUUGCUUUUACUAUGCAAGAAAAGAUGGUGGAUUGUGCUUCCCAGAUUUUCCAAGAAAACAAAUCAGAGGACCAGCAUCUAACUACUUGGACCAGAUGGAAGAAUAUGACAAAGUGGAAGAGAUCAGCAGAAAGCACAAGCACAACUGCCUCUGUAUUCAGGAAGUUGUGAGUGGGCUGCGCCAGCCUGUUGCCGCCCUGCAUAGUGGGGAUGGCUCGCACCGUCUCUUCAUUCUGGAAAAAGAAGGUUACGUGAAGAUAUUUACCCCUGAAGGAGAAAUUUUCAAGGAGCCUUAUUUGGACAUUCACAAACUUGUUCACAGUGGAAUAAAGGGGGGAGAUGAAAGAGGACUGUUAAGCCUUGCAUUCCAUCCCAAUUACAAGAAAAAUGGAAAGCUGUAUGUGUCUUAUACCACCAACCAAGAACGGUGGGCUAUCGGGCCUCAUGACCACAUUCUCAGAGUGGUGGAAUACACAGUAUCCAGAAAAAAUCCACACCAAGUCGAUCUGAGAACAGCCAGAAUAUUCCUUGAAGUUGCAGAACUCCACAGAAAGCAUCUGGGCGGACAGCUGCUCUUUGGAGCUGACGGCUUUUUGUACAUCAUUCUUGGUGAUGGGAUGAUCACACUGGAUGAUAUGGAAGAAAUGGAUGGAUUAAGUGAUUUCACAGGUUCGGUGCUCCGGCUGGACGUGGAUACGGAUAUGUGCAACGUGCCUUACUCCAUACCAAGGAGCAACCCGCACUUCAACAGCACCAAUCAGCCCCCGGAAGUGUUCGCCCACGGCCUCCACGAUCCAGGCAGAUGUGCUGUGGACCGACAUCCCACUGAUAUAAAUGUCAAUUUAACAAUACUUUGCUCAGACUCCAAUGGAAAGAACAGAUCAUCAGCCAGAAUCCUACAGAUUAUAAAGGGGAAAGAUUAUGAAAGUGAGCCAUCACUUUUAGAAUUCAAGCCAUUCAGUAAUGGUCCUUUAGUUGGUGGAUUUGUUUAUCGAGGCUGCCAGUCUGAAAGACUGUAUGGAAGCUAUGUAUUUGGAGACCGUAAUGGGAAUUUCUUGACUCUCCAGCAAAGUCCUGUGAGCAAGCAAUGGCAAGAAAAACCGCUCUGUCUUGGGAACAGUGGGUCCUGCAGAGGUUACUUUUCAGGUCAUGUUUUGGGAUUUGGAGAAGAUGAGUUAGGUGAAGUUUACAUUCUGUCAAGUAGUAAAAGUAUGACCCAGACUCACAAUGGAAAACUCUAUAAAAUUAUAGAUCCUAAAAGACCUCUAAUGCCCGAGGAAUGCAGAGCCACGGUGCAGCCUGCGCAGACACUGACUUCGGAGUGCUCCCGGCUCUGCCGGAACGGCUACUGUACCCCCACGGGGAAAUGCUGCUGCAGCCCGGGAUGGGAAGGGGACUUCUGCAGAACCGCAAAAUGUGAGCCAGCAUGUCGUCAUGGAGGUGUCUGUGUCAGACCUAACAAGUGCCUCUGUAAAAAAGGAUAUCUUGGUCCUCAGUGUGAACAAGUGGACAGAAACAUCCGCAGAGUGACCAGGGCAGGUAUUCUUGAUCAGAUCAUUGACAUGACAUCUUAUUUGCUGGAUCUAACAAGUUACAUUGUAUAGCUUCUGGGACUGUUUGAACAUUCCUUUCCAAUGGGCAUUUAUUUUUUAUCUUGUCAUUAAAAAGAAAGACUGUUAUCCUGCUACACACUCCUGUGAUUUCAUUUUCUUUUAUUAAUUUAAAAAUAAUUUCCAGAAAUGUGCAGAUCCUGUGUGUGUAUGUUGGCACGUUUGUUCACAUAUGCACAUACACACACAUAUUCACAAUCCCUAUACAUGUGGUUGUAGAACAGAUGAGUUUUUUAAAUACAGUUUUCUUGUGCAGAGUAAUUUACACAUAAAUUCCAUUGUAAAUUGAUAACAGAAUUUUUAUGUCACCAGAAGAGAUUAUUUGACUUCCCAGGAAUUUUCUGUCUGUAAUAAUGAAAGUCAACUUAAUGGAGUUUUGAAACAUUACUGUGCAAUCUGAUGGAGCUAAUAAAAAAAGGCAAUAUUUUUAUAUUAAAGGACUAUAAUAUGAGAGAAUGUUUUAGAACUCCCUGAUGAAUUUCUAAAUGGGCAACUUGAUGUAAAAUUGUAAUCUUCAUUUUUACCAAUGUAUCCAAUUACAGAAAGUUAUGCACUUAACUUUUUAUUGGCGAAGAAAUCUGGUUACUCUGGCUUAAUCUCAAGAUUGUUUUCAAGUAUUUUAUAAUUAAAUCAUAGCAGCAUAUUCUAAAACCAA